UAGAGUCUAGGGUCCAAAGCCUGCUGAAAUCUGUGCAAGUCCUUCCUGUGCUCUGGGAUUUUGAAUUGAGUUUGGAAAUUUAAAAAUUAGCAAGCAGCAGCAGCAUGACUCCUAAUGUUGUAAAGGGCAUGCAGAGCCGGUGUGUGUGACAGAAGGCCGUCCACAUGCACAAGUUUUGGUGUUGUUUCCACUCUUGAGCAUUGCCUGACUUUGGAACAUUUUAAGAAUACCUUCUGUAAAUGCUUGAGAGCACUGAUCCAGAAAUCCAAGUAUAGGCUUUGCCUUGAUGUGGAAAACAAAACAAAACACCUCUUAAUGCGAUGAAAGCACUCGUGGCACUGUUGAGGCUCCCUUUUCAUCUUGGUGAAGGUACCACGCAAGGAGGGAUGGUCCCUUUGAUGACAACUGACCGAGCCGGAGCCACGAUGGCUGGUGACCCAUGUACCAGGCAGCUCAGGCUCUGCGAGCCAGAUAGAUUUGGCCUCUGCCACUGAGGCGAGGAGGAGGGAGGAAUCGCCCCAGCCCGCACCAUGGCCUCGCCCCGGCACGCCGAGCCUCCUGAUGGAGGCUGGGGGUGGAUGAUUGUUGCUGGCUGCUUUCUUGUCACUAUCUGUACCAGGGCUGUGACGAGGUGCAUCUCAAUUUUUUUUGUGGAGUUCCAGGCAUACUUUGGGCAGGAUUAUGCCAGAACAGCUUGGAUCCACUCCAUUGUUGACUGUGCUACGAUGCUCUGUGCACCGCUUGGGAGUUUAAUCAGUAAUCAUGUAUCCUGCCAAGUUGGCAUCAUGCUAGGAGGGCUGCUUGCAUCUGCUGGACUAAUUUUGAGUUCAUUCGCCACCAGCCUGGAACAUCUCUACUUAUCAUUAGGAGUCCUUACAGGACUUGGGUUUGCACUCUGUUAUUCUCCAGCCAUCGCGAUGGUGGGCAAAUAUUUCAACAAAAGAAAAGCGCUGGCAUAUGGAAUAGCCAUGUCAGGAAGUGGAAUUGGUACCUUCAUCCUGGCCCCCGUGGUCCAGCUCUUAAUCGAGCAGUUUUCCUGGCGUGGAGCUUUACUCAUCUUGGGAGGUUUUGUUUUAAACCUCUGCGUCUGUGGUGCCUUGAUGCGACCUAUCGCUCUUAAGGAAGACCAUAAAACCACUCCUGAGUUUCUCGAACAGGAUUAUGUCCCCAAAGCACAGAAAGGAGACUUAAAACAAGUAUCCAUCUGUUCACCUUUAAUCAAAGCAUGGUCUCGUGAAUGUUUAUGCUACUGUUCGUGGAAGGAAUAUGACUUUUUACUGAUGCCAGGUUUCAUGGUGCUGGCAGUGUCCAUUUUAUUUAUGGCAUAUGGCUGUAGCCCUCUCUUUGUCUACCUAGUGCCUUAUGCUCUGAGUGUUGGAGUGAGUCAUCACCAGGCUGCCUUCCUCAUGUCCAUACUUGGUGUCAUAGACAUCAUUGGUAAUGUCACCUUUGGAUGGCUAACAGACAGAAGGUGUCUGAAGAAGCAUCGGCACUUUUGCUACCUCUUUGCUGUGGGGAUGGAUGGCCUCUGCUGUCUUUUCCUGCCAAUUCUUCAAAACUUCCCCUUGCUUGUGCCUUUCUCAUUUACUUUUGGCUACUUUGAUGGAGCCUAUGUAACACUGAUCCCUGUUGUGACAGCAGACGUAGUGGGAACUUCUUCCUUAUCAUCAGCACUGGGUGUCGUGUAUUUUCUCCAUGCCAUACCAUAUCUAGUGAGCCCACCUGUUGCAGGCUGGCUUGUGGACACAACUGGCAGCUAUACUGCAUCAUUCCUCCUGUGUGGAUUUUCUAUGAUAUUUAGUUCAACGUUAUUGUGCUUUGCAAGGCUAGCAAAGAAAAUCAAAAGAAGGCAUUUGCAGUCGCUCACUAAUGAUACUGGCACCAAACAGCACAUCUGGACAAAUGGAGCAAUAGCUUAUUCUGUCACAGCAGAAUUAGACCAAAAGGAUGUUGAAUUUUUGGCUGUGGAUACAAACAGCUACAACAACAGAUGACAAGUGCUUUCAAGAUUUAAUACUACACAGCUGUAACUCAGAUGGAGGUGGCUCUAUAGUGUUAUGCUGUUAAAGAUAUUCCUCUUGUGAAACAAGGCGUCUCUCAGUUAGAUUUUUCUGUCAUGUUUUAGUUGACUAAAAUCUACAUACAGCAACAGUAAUACUAAGUUAAUGCAGUAAUAGAAGAAAGCUAGACUGAAAAUAAAGAGAGUUUUUAGAGACAAAUGUUCACAGAUUUAUUUGAAAUGCAGUAUGUCAACUCCACACGUAAUCUUAAAGAUGAUAAUUGGCUAUAAACCAAAAGAAAACUACAAAGUAGUGUGCAAAACAGAACAAUAAAGUUAAAAUUAUUUCAAAAAUUAAUGAAAUAAGCUUUUUGGUGUUCUGGUCUAUUGUGUUUCAAUGGACUAAUCACGCACAACACCAAAAAACCUCCACAUCUAUCAGUCCACACUAAACGAUUUGCAAAUAACUGUUUCAAGUGCCAAAGCCUUGGCACUUGGCAGAAAACUGUGAUCUAUGAUGAAAGUACCUCUGGAGCAGCUUUAAGUUUUACAGUGUGUCUGAAUUUUGUACAUAUGUUGCAAUUUCAUUUCAAAUAUGCUUUUAGACCUACCUUUCCUCAAACCCCCUAGAGCAACAUUUUGAGGUUGUUGCUGCUUUUUUUCCUGGCUAUCUUUGAAGCUUGAAUUUCUAAACAUUGACCUUCUAGGUACAAUCCUCCAGCAGAUCCUUGUCUCAGAGGGUAGAGGAGGUGCUGUGGCUGCUCUGCUGUCUGAAGAGGAGUAAAUUUGUACCAUUAGACUAGGCACACGGAUAGACAAACUUGCUUUAGUUACAUUAAAUUGGAAGAAGUCCAAAGGCAGCCCAGGAGACCAGAAGAGAUGCUUGUGUUUUUCCAAAAAUGAGGAACAUACUCCAGCUGGCUGCUUCAUAGGAGCUAUGGACUGAAUGUAGUUCAUGUGGUAAAUUACUGGUGUCAUGAACUAAUAAAUAAUGGAAUGUUUCUACAUUUCCAGAGUGAAACCAUUGUCAGCAAUAGCAGAAGUUCACAUUGCACAAUGCAAAUAAUUUCUGUGUUUUGAUACUGUAUAAAGCUGCAUUCUGUUCAAUACCAAAUUGAUCAGUGUCCAAAUAAUUUUCACCAAUGCUGAACUACUAGUUUUGUUAAUCAUCUGCAGUGUAUUCAAUGGUUUCUCAUGGUGUCCUAUUCCACUCUGUGCCUCAGAAGGGAAAGCAACACAGGCUGACAUUCACAAAUUUGAUUUAGAUCGAGAGUAAAACCAUAGGGGUAUAAUCUAUUUUUCCCUAUAUAUCAAUAGUAUGUGUAUCAAGUAGUUCUAUUAUUCAUGCAUAUUUCAAAUCUAACAUAUUAAAGUAAUUUUUCUUCAGUUGUCUGUGCUCAAACAAAGCAUUUCUCGCUGUCAUGCUUCAGAAGCAUGGUCGCAAUCAGUAGCAUGAUCUACGUGGACAGAUCACAGAACAACAGAUGAGAAUGCAAAAAUUGCUUCAAACUAAUAACAUAAACAUUUUUCAGCUCUGUGUGGCAACUGAGUCCUGGGCCCUAAUUCUGUUUAACAUGCAUUCAUAAAAAAUUAAUUAUGAGUAUUUCUUAAUAAGUUAGGAAAAAUAUGCACAUUUGGGGGGAAAAUAAGUUUGCUUUAUUAAUUAGUAGUGUCGAAGAAGUUUUAGAUCUUACUGCAAAAGUUUCACAUCAAAAACUAGGGAAUCUUGUGGUCGAUAAAGAAGAUAAGCUGUUUCAACAAGCUAUAAAUUACUGCUGUCAUUUACUUUACAAACAUUGAAUUACUUUUUUUUUUACCACAUCGUGACAUGUCAGCAGUUGUUCAUGGUAGAACUGCAUAUGUUAAAAGCCCGUUGGAAUAAUACUAUAUGCAUUUUUAUCCUAGUAAAUAAUACCAUGUAAUACAUUGUUAAUGUUUUUUGGAUUUUUUUUUUUAAUUUCAAUAUAUUCUUUCAUAGGCUUUUCUGUUUUGUGAUUACCUUAAAAUUAAGGCAUUAUUUAUUGUUUUAAAUGUCUAAUUCAGCAGAAAAUAUUCAAAUGGUUUUAACCACAGAUGUUUUGUGGAAAAUGGUACAAGUAUUUCAAGAUUUUUUGACACUGUUUCUGCUCUGGCUCAUCAAUAGACAAAAGUUUAUAUGCCAGAAUGAUGCUUUCUGUGCAUAAAACACGCUGUGGAAUACCAGUGCUGACAUGAAUCUCUGCAUUAAGAAACAAAGACAGAAGGAAGCAUAACAAGAAAUAACCUGCAAGUGGAAGAAAUGGGAAUACAAUCCAGGUUUGUGAAGCCUCAUGCCCAGCUUCUGCCUGCUGGCCUACACAACCCAAACUGAACAGCUCAUUUUCAUCCUGCCAUGUGAAAUGUUUCAGGUGGCACAUUAUAGAAUUCUCUAGAUUAUACUAUUUUAAAAAUUAUAUAUUUAUUGUAUCUGCAAUGUUUUUUUUUUUUUUUUUGAGAUUAUAAUAUUCAUGCUGUUCUCUGUAGGGGCUAUUUCCUGGCAUGGCAUGGUGCAGCUGUAGGCAGAGAUACCUGGGCUAGCUGUGGACAAUUUCCCCAGCUCCCACCUCAUGGUCCCACCAGCCCCGGUAAGCACUGAUGGAUACAGGAAUGAAUGGACCACUGCACCACUGAGCCUGGAUGGCUUCCCAGGACAGCAUGGUCUGGUUUGGCUAGGGUAACAUCUGUCUGAGACACAAACAGAAGGAUCCUGCCUCAGAUGAAUCCUGCCUGGGAUAAUGCUCUGUUCUCUGCAGUGAAUGGGAAUUCAGUCUAAGUGAAGCUGCUUACAGCUGCUGAAGUUAUCCUACAUAUUUCUAUUCUGUGAGGUUUGAAAUGGGGAAAUCGUAAUUAUUUUUAAAUUGCUUAGGUUUUAGUGAUAAUUUUUAUCAGAUCAGCCUUGGAACAUUUAAUAAAUUGUACAUUGAAAAUUUGUGUGAAAGCAGCAUUGAAAAACUCAAGUACCUUCUGUUGAAAAAUAACCCUGUUUAAGGAAAGGAAAGGCAAGGCAAGGCAAGGCAAGGCCUUAAAUAAUUUUGCCAGCUUGGAUGAUCAUUUAUCUCCUGAAAAAAAAAAAAAAAGUUUGUCUGUGCUGCUAUAUGGUGAAUAUAUUUUAUAUUGCCAUGAGAAUUCCCUGUUUGUUUUCUCAACUGUUAAAAAGCUAUGCGAGAAGAAAAAGCUUGUUUAAGUUAAGCUGUAACAGUACUUCAUGUACAGCAUAACAAAGUCCUUAGUCAGGAUGACCUCAAUAAAUAAUACCUUCUUCUGA